AUGUACUCAUUGACAGACCAGAAAUGUGGACCAAAUAUGGUCUUUAAGAACUUAACUGGACCUUUAAUUAUGAAAGCUGGUAUGUCAUCAUAUAAGAUUUGUAUUCAACAGUGCACUUGCGACAGUAAUGAAUACAUGAAAAUGGGUGGACAGUGCAUUAAAAAAAGUAGUGUUCCGAUGCGAAACGAAACUGAGUUUGGUGGUGAAAUAUUUCCAAAACACUGCGCGGGAAGAGUGUGUACACUUGAUGAAGAAAUUUUCUAUGUUCCAUGUUCAUUGACUGGUGAAAUUUGUGGAAGCAAUAUGAUAUUUAAUAAUAUCGGCAAAUUACUCAAAAAGAAUGGUACUGAAGUUUGCGUCCAAAAAUGUACUUGUAUGAGUGAAGAAUAUGUCAAAGCAAAUGGUCAAUGCAUCCUUUCUACGAAAGGAAAUGGAACUGCCUCACCAGCUUUAACCCAACGAUCUGCCACCGAGCAUCCACAACUUCCCGUUCAACGAACUAUCCAAAAGCAUCCCACAAACUGCGUAGGACGAUCCUGCGAGCGGAUUCGCGACCCACUUUGCACUCUAACAAGUCGAAAAUGUGGCGAUGAUAUGGUCUACAGAGCGAUUGAACGAUUGACUUACAUUGGUGACUAUCGUGAAGUAUGCAUUCAACAAUGCAAAUGUGCCAAUGAAGAAUAUAUAGAAAAAGAUGGACGAUGCAUUAAGCCAAAAAAGGAAAACCAAAUGGAGGCUGCAAGAAAGGCUACAACGAGAGAUCGGCACUGGUAUGCGAAAUACAGAAAAAAUAUGUCAUCUUACCUCGUUCAUCUUUCCUCUGAUAAAAAAAUUAAGGAUUGA